GCCCAAACCGAACAGUUUGGCGGGUGGCCUAGAAUAGAAUAAAAAUGUCAUCGAGUUUGGUAGUAGACAUCCCCACCUCCACCUCGAAUUGGUGCGUUAACUACUUUAAUUGCCACUUGCGUCGCUCUCGAUUCCUUCCUUCUACUACUUUAUCUCAUCGCUCCACCCUUUUGACUUUGAGAACCACUUCCACUUCCACUUCCACCUCUCUCUCAAGUAAAAUAUUUUCAGCUUCUUUAGCCAUGGAAGAUUCUAAAGCUGUCCCAAUAAAGGAAAUGCCACUGGGAUUAGAUACAACCACCGAGGAAGAAUAUGCUUCGCAGUCUAAGUUACUUCAAGAGUUCACUAGUAUUCCCAGCAUUGACAAGGCUUGGACUUUUAAGUCUGACGAUGGGAUCGGUUCUCAAGCAAUGUUUUCAAUUAGCCAACCAAAUCUUUUGGCAAACAAGAGGAGGAAUUCUAUUCUAUCUACUCAUAUAUUCAAGGACAAUAACAGUUCUGUAAACUUUCGUUGGUCCCCAUUUCCUGUUGAGAUGACGGGAGUGUCUACAAUUGUUCCAUCACCAUCAGGUUCAAAGCUUUUUGUGGUUCGAAAUCCAGAAAGCGAGUCUCCAUCUCAGUUUGAAAUUUGGGGUUCAUCUCAGUUGGAAAAGGAGUUCCACAUUCCCCAAUCUGUUCAUGGCUCAGUAUAUACUGAUGGAUGGUUUGAGGGAAUUUCCUGGAAUUCUGAUGAAACUCUCAUUGCUUAUGUUGCUGAGGAACCAUCUCCCUCCAAGCCCACGUUUAAUGAUCUUGGCUACAAGAAAGGUGGUUCCACUGAUAAGGACUGCAGUAGCUGGAAAGGACAAGGGGAUUGGGAGGAGGAAUGGGGGGAAACCUAUGCAGGAAAAAGGCAGCCUGCACUUUUUGUAAUCAAUAUCAACAGUGGAGAGGUACAGGCUGUAAAAGGAAUUAAGAAGUCUUUGAGCAUUGGCCAAGUUGUGUGGGCUCCAUCAACUAAAGACAUGCAUCAAUAUUUGGUAUUUGUUGGGUGGUCAUCAGAUACGAGAAAGCUUGGUAUAAAGUACUGCUAUAACAGGCCUUGUGCAUUAUAUGCAGUUAAAGCACCAAUUUAUAAAUCAGAAGCCAAUGAACUUGAACUCAAAGAUAGCUCAACUGAAGAUGUGCCUGUGUUUAAUCUUACUCAACAAAUAAGCAGUGCCUUCUUUCCAAGGUUCAGCCCAGAUGGAAAGUGCCUUGUGUUUUUAAGUGCAAGAAGCUCUGUGGAUUCUGGAGCCCAUUCUGCAACAGAUUCACUUCACAGAAUUGAUUGGUCAACUGAUGUGACGCUGUGGCCUUCUGCCAAAAUUGUUGAUGUAAUCCCUGUUGUGAUGAGUGCUGAGGAUGGUCACUUGCCAGGGCUUUACUGUUCAAGUUUCCUUAGCAAUCCUUGGCUUUCUGAUGGAUGCACUAUGAUCAUAUCUUCUUUCUGGAGAAGCAGUCAAGUAAUACUUUCUGUGAAUGUGUUGAGUAUGGAAGUAUUACGUAUCAGCCCUGCUGAGUCAAAUUUUUCAUGGAAUGUCCUUACAUUGGAUGGGGAUAAUAUUGUUGCUGUGUCUAGCAGUCCAGUUAAUGUUCCUCAAAUCAAGUAUGGUUGUAUUGUUGAGAAAAAAACUAUAGCUGCUGCUUGGAGUUGGUUAGAUGUAUCAAGCUCCAUAUUCAAAUGCUCUGAGAAGGUUAGAUCUUUGCUCUCAUCUCUUCAGUUCAGUAUAAUGGAGAUACCAGUAAAGGAUGUUUCUGAUAGCUUGUCAAAAGGUGCUAGCAAACCUUUUGAAGCUAUAUUUGUUUCUUCAAACUCUAAGAAAAGUGAUGCUUGCGAUCCUUUAAUUGUAAUUCUUCAUGGAGGUCCGCAUUCUGUCUCGUUGACAAGCUUUUCAAAGUCCUCGGCAUUUCUUUCUUCAAUUGGAUUCAGUUUAUUGAUUGUCAACUAUAGAGGUUCACUAGGUUUUGGUGAAGAAGCAUUACAAUCUCUUCCAGGGAAAGUUGGGCAACAGGAUGUAAAUGAUGUACUCACAGCUAUAGAUCAUGUCAUUGACAAGGGACUCGCCAGUUCAUCAAAAAUUACAGUGCUUGGUGGUUCCCAUGGGGGCUUUCUGACAACCCACUUGAUUGGCCAGGCACCAGAUAAGUUUGUUGCUGCUGUAGCGAGGAAUCCUGUUUGUAACUUGGCAUUGAUGGUUGGUACAACAGAUAUCCCUGAUUGGUGCUAUGUGGAGGCCUGUGGAAGCAAGGGGAAAGAUAUCUUUUCGGAAGCACCUUCAGCUGAUUACUUAACACUCUUUCACAACAAGUCUCCUAUUUCACACCUCUCAAAGGUCAAAACACCAACCCUUUUUCUUUUAGGUGCUCAGGAUCUCCGUGUUCCAGUUUCUAAUGGAUUGCAAUAUGCACGGGCACUGAGAGAGAAAGGUGGUGAGGUUAAAGUUAUUGUGUUUCCCAAUGAUGCACAUGAAAUUGGAAGGCCACAAUCUGACUUUGAAAGCUUUCUUAAUAUUGGAGUUUGGUUCAGAAAGUAUUGUAAAUGAGCGGGCAUUGCCACCCUUUGUUGAGCCUAUGGCUUUUAUGUCUAAAUGGGAAGUAUCAAUUGUGGUAGAGACUUGAAAGGUAUCAAAUCCACUUAUAAUCAAUUCUUCACCUUGAUCUUAGUGGUCAUUCUCCUUGCCCUAGUCCUUGAUGUAAAGCAUUCAUUCUAAAUAAAAACUUUACAUUUGCCAAUGAGCUCUAACUCAAUUGGCAUCUCCUUCUCCUACUCUUAUAAAUUCUAGGUGGAGUGUGAGAUAUUUGGUUCUAGACCCAUUGGAUGCACAUGUGACUUACAAAUAAUAAUAAAAAAAGGUUGUAACUUCAUGUCGUAAAA